AUGAACCAGGUUGUGGACGAUAGCCAUGGAGGGGCAAGCGACACAGAAGCUCAGAACCAUCUCGAGGUAGUAUUCUAUCCUGACUCAAACCACCGUCGCAAGUCCUCCCUCGUCACUAUGGAGAAGCCAUCGAUCCAACCCCACCCAGCCCAGGAUGACCAGGUAACCGCCUGCUACGUCCACUCACUCAUCGCGAGCGAAUGGGCCACACCCGGUCAUGUCAAAGAUACAGAAGAGGCGAUGCGGACGCUAAGCAAGGGCGAAGAUGAGCCACUGAGAGAUAUCAAAGGAGGCGCGCCAGAUGAACUGGUCUCGGUGGUGGACAAAGACGACAGCAAGGGCAUCAUUAGGCCCAUACCGACAGUCAUUGAAUCCAGACAUCUGACGAAGAGGCAGCUGUCGGAUAUGGCCUGGAAUGUGCGGAAGCUCUCCAAGAAGCUGGGAAGCAUCAAACUCAAGCUCACCGUGAAGAACGUCUUCGUAGUAAGCAAAGCACAAGACGAGUCCCUGGUGAGCUUAACUCGCAAAGUUGCACAAUGGCUACUCUCCGAAGACCGGGACUCACUAUACACGGUCUAUGUCGAGCGCCGCCUCGAGGCUCACCCAGAUUUUGGCGCGCUGCAAUUGAUACGAGACGAGCCGUCUGCGGAGGGCCGGCUCAAAUACUGGGAUCUCAAACUAGCACAGGAAGAACCGCAUCUGUUUGAUUUUGUGAUCACUCUUGGCGGAGAUGGAACGGUUCUUUACACCAGCUGGCUAUUCCAGCGGAUUGUGCCGCCCGUACUCUCAUUCUCGCUGGGAUCACUGGGCUUCUUGACCAAUUUCGACUUUGCAAAUUAUCAGACUAGCCUCCAUAACGCUUUUCGGGAUGGCGUCGUCGUUAGCCUGCGCUUACGCUUCGAAUGUACCAUCAUGCGAAGCAAAGCGCGACUUAAUGACCCGAAUGCGAGAUCUCUAUCCGAUCGUGACCUGGUGGAGGAAUUGAUUGGAGAGGAGGGCGAAGAUACAUUGACGCACACCCCGGAUCGGGUGUAUGAGAUUCUCAAUGAUGUUGUCUUGGAUCGGGGGCCGAACCCAACUAUGUCUCAAAUCGAACUGUUCGGGGACGACGAGCAUUUCACCACUUUGCUUGCCGACGGAAUCUGCAUUGCUACGCCUACUGGAUCGACUGCUUACAAUCUCGCUGCUGGCGGCUCUCUUUCACAUCCAGAGAACCCCGUCAUCCUUGUCACCGCCAUCUGUGCCCACACGCUUUCCUUCCGACCCAUUAUUCUACCAGACACGAUUGUUUUGCGCAUGGGCGUGCCGUAUGAUGCGCGCACGAGCUCAUGGGCUAGCUUUGACGGACGAGAGAGAAUUGAAUUACACCCAGGCGACUAUGUGACAGUGUCUGCCUCGAGAUAUCCCUUUGCCAAUGUCUUGCCGCCUGGCGGGCAGGGUGAGGGCUGGGUGCACAGCAUCUCCAAGACUUUGAAUUGGAAUUCACGGCAGAAGCAAAAGAGCUUCAAGUAG